AUGGCAUUAGCACUCCCAUCGACAGUUGUUUGCGGCUCGCAAAGCCCUCCGCCCUCAAGAGACUGCCUGCAGCGCAUUCAAGCAAAUCUCAAAGACCCGAGGUUGACAGAGCUUGCCAGGGCAGUGGAUGACCUGCCACAGUUUUGGUCGCAUUUGGUUGAGGUCAAGCCCGUCUUGAGACAAGUCAACGACGAACCUCUGAAAAAGUUGAAAGAUUGGGCUAGGGAUGAGUGCUUGUUGGAAAUACCAGAAGACUUGCCAAACAUCCUAUUAGCACCGCUCACAAUCAUUAUUCAUCUGGUUCAAUAUCUCCGAUUUGCGCACUCCUUCGACGGCGAUGAUUCCCAAGAAGACAGACAUCGGCGCAUCUUGCAAUCCGCGUGUAAAGGCGGAUUCCAGGGGCUUUGCACAGGCUUUCUCAGUGCUGCCGCUCUGGCAUGCUCCAGAACGGAAAGGGACAUAUGGUGCAACGCUCUUGUCGCAUUGAGAUUAGCCACGUGCGUGGGUGCCUACGUUGACCUGGACAGGUUGACGCAUGACAGCGCAGAUGUCCACACCUGCAUGAUCGUAUAUUGGGAAGAUAACUGUGGAAAGGAUCGAGUAACAGAAGUCCUGAGAGGGUAUCCUGGGGUGUACACGUCUGUCGAGCUCGACGACAGAAGCAUCACUGUCACAGUCAAACAGUCCCAGGUGUCAUUGCUGCGGACCGACCUGGCAGCACGAAACGCUAAGGUGACGAAAAUUCCCAUCCACGGACGAUACCACAGCAGAACACACGCCGAGAUUCUUCAAGAUCUCCUUGAAAUCUGCAACAACGAAGAGUCUCUACGUUUCCCCAUCAUCAACACACCUUUGGUCCCAUUGAGAAAUAACACCACCGGGGAACUGAUCACAUCGGCGGAGAAGCUGCAUGAGCUUGCCUUGAAAUGCGUGUUGACGGAGCCAGCUGACUGGUACUCAACCAUGACGGAGACUAUUUCCAGCUUGAAGUCGCAGCCUGAGAAAAAUCAGCGGCCGCUCAUAUUGGAGUUGGGCCUUGUGAGCUGUCUCCCACGAUCACUGACCGCAUCCGCCAACCUCCAAGUUUUCACGCCGCCGUUGACCUCGACCGUUUCGCCGAAGGAACAAAAAUCAUCAGUGAAUGAUGAAUAUCGCUAUGACUAUCCCGAGCACUCUAUCGCUGUCAUUGGAGCUGCUUGCAAAUUCACUGGUGCAGAAACUAUGCAGCAAUUCUGGGAACUCAUUCGAACAGGGGGCACAAUGAUCGGUGACCUUCCUGAAGGCAGAAUUGCGGCAGACAAGUCAUUGCGCAAGGCACCACGGGAAAAGCCUCUGAGGGGCAACUUCCUUUCCGAUGCAGGCCACUUCGACCACGGACUCUUCGGAGUAUCCCCAAGGGAAGCUACUUACAUGGAUCCUCAACAGCGCAUUGCAUUACGUGUGGCGUACCAAGCUGUUGAGUCAUCUGAAUACUUCGGGAGCGACAUCAAAGGCAAGAAUAUUGGCUGCUACGUUGGCGUCGGAGGCUCCGAUUAUGAUCAUAACGUCUGCUCUCGUGCCCCAACAGCAUUUUCAUUCACAGGCACUGCUCGAGCCUUUGUGAGCGGUCGCAUAAGUCACUACUUUGGGUGGACGGGACCAUCGAUGACCAUUGAUACUGCGUGUUCUUCGUCAGCUGUGGCUAUCCAUCAGGCAUGCAAGGACAUCAGGAUGGGCGAAUGCCGCAUGGCCCUGGCAGGAGGAGUCAACAUAAUCUCCUGCCCGAAUAUGCAAGAGAACUUGGCGGCAGCCAGGUUUCUGAGUCCAACUGGUCCUUGCCGUCCAUUCGAUGCUUCUGCCGAUGGCUAUUGCCGUGGAGAAGGAUGUGGCUUUGUCAUGUUGAAGAAGUUAUCAUGUGCUGUGGCCGACAAUGAUGAUAUUCUAGGCGUGAUUGUCGGAUCGGCAGCGAAUCAUUGCGACGGCAGCGACGCAAUUACUGUCCCAACGUCACACUCGCAGGCCAACCUCUAUCGCAAGGCUCUGUCGCUGGCAGCCAUGCAACCCAAGGACAUCACCUACGUUGAGGCUCACGGCACUGGUACUCCGCGGGGAGACCCAGUCGAAUGCAGAAGUAUUCGACAAGUGUUUGGGGGUUCGAGACCUACGUUGCAUUUCGGCUCUGUCAAAGCCAACAUCGGACAUACAGAAGCCGCAUCAGGAAUUGCAGGGCUCCUCAAAGUCCUGUUGAUGAUCCGAAAUCAACGAAUACCACCACAGGCCAAUUUCACCGCGUUGAAUGCAUCGAUUCCGCCCCUCGAACCGGACAACUUGUCGGUCCCAACUAAUGAACUCGAAUGGAAGGCCACUUUCCGUGCUGCUUGCAUCAACAAUUAUGGGGCAGCGGGCAACAACGCCGCAGUGAUUGUUUGCGAGCCUCCUCGGCCAGAGUCUAGUGCUAGCAAUAAUGACAGACUCUCUGGAUACCCAUUUUUGAUAACUGGGCAGUCAGAAAGGAGCUUGCAGAUGUUCUGCGCUGCCCUUAGUCAGUGGUCAGAAAAUACCCACGCUCCAUUGUCAGAUAUCGCGUUCAAUGUGGCUCGGAGGCAGAAUCGGACUCUUCGGCAUCGUAUCACCUUCGCAGCAAGUUCGCUAAGUGACUUGAAAAGCAUUCUUGAACAGAAUGCAAGACCACAUGAGCAACUAUCGUCGCCUUCACCUAAGCCCAAGCCGGUUGUUCUGGUCUUUGCAGGCCAAACCGGGAACAUCGUCUACCUGGACAAAGCUGCGUAUGAAGGUUCAAGUCUGUUGCGCUCACAUAUUGACGAGUGCGACGGGAUUCUCCGCAGAAUGGGCCAUCGUGGCCUGAUCCCAUUCUUGUUUGGCCAACAGCCCAUAGAGGAUGUGGUGCUCCUUCAUUGCCUGUUCUUCUCGUUGCAGUACGCUUGCGCCGCAGCUUGGCUUGAUGCGGGCUUGCCCGUCCAGCGUGUCAUAGGCCAUAGCAUUGGCCAGUUCACUGCAAUAUGUAUCUCAGGGGUAAUGACACUUGCUGAUACGCUGAAGCUAGUUGCAGGGCGAGCCAGGCUAAUCCAGCAAAAAUGGGGUAAAGAAAGGGGCUGUAUGCUUGCCGUUGAGGUAGACAGGCAGGGGGCUCUCGAACUUGCCGGCUCAGUCCCAGAUCAUAAGAUAGAGAUUGCAUGCUUCAAUGGAGCCAGGAACCACGUCCUGGUUGGCACUGAAGUAGCCAUCCACACCCUCGAAGCCAAGACAUCCUGCAAGACUCGAAGGUUAAAGACUACUCACGGCUUUCAUUCUGAGCUGGUAGACUGCUUGCUGGAUGACUAUAUGGCUCUGGCACGGAAUAUCUCAUAUGCGACGCCGAAUAUUCCAAUCGAAACAUGUUCCAUGGGCGGUAGCUGGAAGGAGUUCACUCCCGAAUUGGUUGUUCGUCAUUCGCGCGAAGCGGUAUAUUUCUUCGAUGCUAUUUCUCGAGUUGACGAAGAACUCGGACCUUGCACGUGGGUUGAAGGAGGCGCCGGAUCCAGAGGCAUAGCACUUGUGAAGUGCGCCCUCGGGAUCGAGAGCAGCUCAGGGCAUUCUUUUCAUAGACUACAAUUGGAUUCGUCAGAACCUUUGGCAUCACUAACGGAAACCACGAUGAAGAUGUGGAAUGAAGGCCUUGAUGUGCAGUUUUGGCUGUAUCAUAACACAGAGAAGACAACUUUUGCCUCUUAUGAUGUUCCCGGUUACCAAUUUGACGAGACAGCAUUCUGGCUUUCAUAUUCUGACAAAGCGGGCCAGGGCGACUCUGAGCGGGAGGCAAUCAUUUCUGACGAACACAAGCCACUAGUCUACUUGCUGCGAGACGAAGGCUUCAAAGGAGAACCGCGAAAAUUGCAUUUCGGAGUCAAUCAUUGUCAUCCGGACUUUAGCAGGUACCUGAACGGCCGCGAAGUCCUUGGGGAGGUUUUGUGUCCUGUGUCAGUGUUUGUCGAGCUGGCCGCUAAAGCUGCGGCCAUUCCCGGCAGCCGCGAAUGCUCGAUGGCGUCUGCUCAUGUACAGGUUCUGAAUCUGGAAAUCCAUAACCCGCUCGGGCACGCUCGAGGAGUUCGCAUUGGCCUCAGGCUCAAACACGUCGGACCAUGCAAGUGGGGAUUCUCGAUCAUCAGUGAAAAAGACGCCCAGAGCAUAUGUCACGCGACAGGAACGAUUUCUCUUAAGCAGGAGCGACAUUGCAAAUCCGGAAUGGAGUCCCAGUGGUCAGUGAUCCAGCGGGUAAUCGGUUACAGUCAUGCCCAGGACAUCAUUGAUGACCCUUCGGCAAUUUCCAUGAAAGGAAGCUUGAUAUAUAAAGUGCUGGAGAAAGUGGCCGAGUACAAGCCUUGCUAUAGGGGCAUCAAAGCCAUGACGAUAAAAGACACCGCGGCAGUCGCCCAGCUGGAGAUGCCGGCAAUUGGUCGCAACAGCUCGGAAAUGGCAGUGUGCGAUCCGCUCGUGAUGGACCAGAUCACAUUGAUCGCAGAAGUACUGGCACUGUGCAGGGACGAUUGCAAGAGAGAUGAUGUAUUCAUCUGCUCUGGCCUGAGUGAGUUGAUCACAUUCAAGAGUCUCCGAUCAGAGAUGGGCACAUGGACUGUUUAUACUCGACAAAUACGCCACGGGCCCAGGGAACUCCUGAGUGACACAUUCGUAUUUGACUCAACCAGUAAGCAAUUGAUUGUUGCCAUCCUUGGCGCGAGAUUCCUUCAGAUUACCACCAGGUCCCUCGACGGAAUCGUCAGGAGAGCCAGUCUCAAAACUUCGGAGUUUUCAGUCGAGACAGAAGAGGUAUACGAACCGGCCACUGAAACUUGCCGGCCCUUGGAUGACAGCAAAGUCUCGGAUAUUGACCCUAUACUGAGUCGCCUGCUUCACGAGAUAACUGGAAUUUCUCCAAGCGAGAUUUCCGCCAGCACACUCCUCGUGGAAGCCGGCGUCGAUUCCCUUGCAGCAACUGAGUUGGAGAAUCGAAUUCAAGAAGUGUUCAAUCUUCACAGACCGAUCUCCCUCUAUGAAAGACAAUUUGACGUCGGGACGCUUUGCCGAGAAAUUCAGACGCAGCGAGACGACCAGCUUGCUCGAGCUUCGCGAACGACGACUGCCACACGGAAUACUUCAUCAUCUCUCGGCCGACGUACAUCAUCCACUGGAUCACUGUCUGACAAUGCGGAGGCACGACCUAUAUGUAACAGAGAUGCCGUGCUUGCCCAGCUAUCAAGGAUGUUGUCGGAAAGCUUCAACAUUACAGAGAACAUACUCGCUGGAACUGAGCUUCGAAGUCUGGGUCUGGACUCAUUGGUCGCCGUCGAGCUCGAGUCCGACCUACAACAGGCAUUUGGCUUGAAAGUGGAUUUGAUGCAACUGAGUCCCGAGCUUACGAUGGGCGGACUCGCUCGGCUUAUUUUGGCGUCCAAGUCUCAAACGUCUCGCCACAUGGCACCUUCCAUGGUGCAUUCUGGACAAACGACGGAACCAGAGAGCCAGACGUAUCUCGGUUGA